GCACUCUUCAGGAAGAGGAUGGGAAAUAAUGUACCAGUUUGUUUAAUAUUUGACUCUAGAUUUAGUUAAAUGUGAUUUUUUUGUGUGAUGCUAAGAUUAAUAUGACAAAGUCGAAACCAAUAUGGGACUGGCGAACAUUCAAGUAGAAGUAAAUAUUGGAUGAUUUCAAUUUUAUAAUAAAUAAAAAAGGCUUAUUUGUUAAAAUAAUUCCAUCUUUCAAACAAGGGGUACUCAACUUUCAAGACCUCCAGUCCAUUCUAUUGCAGAAUUUGCUAUCCUCUGCACCUUACUAAAUUUACCAAGUUACCAAGACGGAGCUGAUAUAUACAUAAUACUGUAAUAGAUAAGGUGUUUAUUGUAUUCUGGUUUAAACUGAAAGUAUAUCACUUACUGGGUUAUCUCACUUCCUCCUGAAUUAACUGAAAAAGUCCCCUCAGACAAACUUCAUAAACACAGUCAUACUAUAGUCGUUCUUGAUGUGAAAAGACAUUUCAAAAACGAUAGUCCUAAACUAAAUGCCUGGGGCAGCCAAGGAAAUGACAAAUCUCUGGCUUCUGAAGGAACGAUUAAAGAAGUGAAAUGAACAACAAAAAAGACUCCACGAUUUUCUAUUUUCUGUGUAUAUUUAUAUACCUGAUACCUCUGUUACAGUCAAUAAGCUCAGAUAAGAUCAUGGCAUAUGUUGGCGGAAAUAUUGAUUUACCAUGCACUUCCCAGAAGAAUGGUAGUGAAAUUAAAUUUUUAUACAUGCAAAAGUAUGCGAACGAAGAUCCCCUCUUUGUUAAUGGAAUCCAUAAAGAAAGAAGCACUAAAGAACAAAUAAGUCCAGUCUUCAGGAAUCGCACAUCCCUAAAUGAAUUUAGCAAAACUGUUAAUCUGUGGGACAUAAGGAUUACAGAUGAAGGAAUGUAUGACUGCAUUAUAAUGUAUUAUCCAGAUGUCCAAGUGUCAUCCAAGUUUUGGUUGACAGUACUUGUGAACUACAGCACACCAGUGCUGACAGUGCCAAUGAACAGCAGUGGGAACAGUACAGGUGCUGGCUGUCUCAUUGAAAUCACUUGCUCUUCAUCUGGAGGUUAUCCUCAGAAGAAUAUUAAAUGGAAUCUGCACGGAAAUGAAUCCUCUUUGGAAAAAGUAAAUGAGAGCAUCAGGGAGGAUCCAGUCACUAGGCUUUUUAACAUUUCAAGCACAAUAUCAGUGAACGCCUCUGGGCCCAUCAACGUUAGUUGCUCUGUAGGAGAGGAGACAUCACCAGAAUACGAAGCCUGUAUGGUUAAAAUACAUCCACCAGAUCCACCCACAGAUGAUAACUCCUUGCAUAUUGCUGUGGCACUUAUAGGCCUUUUCGUAAUUAUACUGAUUACUGUGCUAGCAAAUAAAAUGAAAAACAGACAAGUUCACCUUCAGGAAGGGGAUACUCACAGAAAUGAACAUGAGAGUAUUGUUCUUACUGGAAUAGUGGAAACCUGAAACUCUGUGCAUUUACCACAUGGCAGCUUGAUACUUAUAAUUUUAAGAAAUGGACACUUUUUUGGAUUGUUAUAUUUUUUACCAUAGGUAAAAACCGAAGAGAAACAAGCAGUUUUUUUUUUUACCUCAAGCAAAACUAAUGCUUACCUCUCUGCUUAUGGUAUGAUAAGUGGAAUACUGACACUUACUGAAGAAUGAUGUUUUUUGUGGUGUACAAAGGGAGAAUACAAAAAAGAUUCACAAUGUGCUGUUUGCAACAAUGAGGACAUGAGUGUGAAAACAAAAGUAUCAUUUUAGUCUUUCCAUUUUGUAAAUUCAAGGUUCUCAAGAGUUCAUGUUUAUUCAACAUGGUGUAAUAUUUCAACCAAUUUAUGCAAAUUUCCUAUUGGAAAUAAUGUAUUAUUCUUGUGAAGGAUAUGCCAGUUUUUAAGUUUAUAUGCUAGCUAGAUUUUAUCUUUUCUGCUGGCACUCUGCACUUUUCUAACGUCAAACGAACAGGUUGUUUCCUUUGAUAGAAUUUAGUAGGUUUUAUGUUCUCAAAUGUUCUGAAUUUUGUCUAACAAUCCUAAUUUUCUUUUUCUGUUUUCAAUUGUACUAACAGUUUAAAAUGCAAGUGUAUUAUAACUUAUGACAAUUCUACAGAUUUUCUUCAGUGUUUUCAUUAAAUUUCUCAAAGGGAUUUCAAAACAUUUGGCUUUUUUGUGUGCUCACAAAAAAGUACCUGAAGAGGGCACCAAAGACUUUCAUUUUAAAAACAUUCAGGGAUACGAAACUAAUCUAUGAUGCAGUUGUAGCUGCUCACCACAUGAGGGAACUGCUUACAAAUCUUAAAACAUUUAUGUUUGAAGAAACUUUCUCCACGUUUCCAGACACCAAUUUAAGAAUUGCCUUUAGUUGGUAUUGUUUCAUUUUACUUUACAGGUGGCUAAAAAGAAUUCAAUCUUUGUGGAUAAAAUACACAGAGAUUGAAAAUUGUGCCAGAAAGUAGGUUUAAUUUCCUGCAUUUAAAUUUAUACUGUAGUCCUUUCCAUCCUGUGGGAUUUAGCAAAUAAAAGGCAACUUGUACCUUGGUAAUAUGUUCCAGCCAUUAUGUGCCAUAAAUCCAUGUUAAAAGGACAAUCCUAUUUAGAGGUACAGUAUGUCUCAAAUGUCUGCAAAUACUGUUUAUAACAUUUUAAGUGCUUCUAUCCAAAUAUUUCAUGUUCCAGAGAAAUGUAUGAAAGCUGUAGCUUAUAUGUCCAUAAUUACCUUAUUAAGGCUUGACAAUGAUACCUUAUAAUGAUUUGAGUGGGUUUUUCUUAUCAUGUAAUAGUAAUUACUUGCAUUUAUUUAAUGCUUUUCAACAAAAAAAAUCCCUUCCCAUUCAUCACUGAAGGGCACUACCUACCUGAAUGAUUCACUGGAGCUAUUCUGCACUAGCAGCUCAGAACACAGCAGUUCACUUGGAGACGUGAAGAAAUUGCUUCACCACAUCUUAAUUUCUGCUCCGUUAUUCACUCAGCUCAGUUAUUCACAUAAACUAACAUCAGGAUUAAUCAAAACAUCAUCUUGCCUACCAAACACAAACUACAAAACCCAG